AUGGGCUUCCACACGGAGGACCAGCUCAAGGAGAUCGCGGCUGGCCUCGAGGGAUCCGGCCACCGGUUCCUUUGGGUAGUGCGAGCCCAUCUCCGCGGCAACACGUUCGCGGUCCAUGCGGACCCGGACCUCGGCGCGCUCCUGCUGGAGGGGUUCCUGGAGAGGACCGGCGGUCGUGGCCUCGUCGUCAAGCUAUGGGCGCCGCAGGUGGACGUGCUCCGCCACGAGGCAGUGGGCGCGUUCGGGACGCACUGCGGCUGGAACUCGGUGUUGGAGGCGAUCACGGCCAGCGUGCCGAUGCUCUGCUGGCCUCUGUACGCGGAGCAGAAGAUGAACAAGGUGUUCCUGGUGGAGGAGUUUGGGGUCGGACCGUCGGAGUCGAGGUGGUCGGGUGGCAGCAGGGGAUGGUCAAGGCAGACGAGGUGGAGGCUAAGGCGAAAGACUUUGAAAGUGGAUAACCGGAAAACUUAG